AUGCCUCCCUACUUCGGCUUCCGGGGCCAGUCCCUCAACAACAUGCUCGUGGUGAGCGUGGUGAUGCCGGCCUACCUGCUCUUCGGGUUCAACAACGGCGUCGCGGGCGGGCUGCUCGACCUCCCCGCCUGGGCCGCGCGCUUCCCCACGCUCGCCUCGCCCGCCUCGGGCACACGCGCCCACGUGCAGGGCACCGUCGUCGCGGCUUACACCCUCGGCGCGCUCUUCGGCGCGCUCGCGUGCGGCUUCCUCGGCGAUGUCCUCGGGCGACGGAGGACGAUCAUGCUCGGGGCUGCGGUCGGCGCGGCGGGCAGCGCGCUCGAGGCGUCUGCGUUCUCACUGGCCCAGCUCGUCGUUGGCCGUGUCGUAUGUGGAGUCGGGCUCGGGUUGAUCAGCGCGACGGCCCCGAAUUGGCAGACCGAGUGCAGCCGCGCGGGCCACCGCGGGUUCAUGGUGAUGCUCGAGGGGCUGUUCAUCUCGGCGGGCCUCGCGCUGCAGGCCUUCCUCAACUUUGGCAUCUCCCAUGCAAAAGGCGACGUCACAUGGCGCUUCUCCCUCGCGUUCUCGUGUUUUCUGGACCUGGUGGUGUUUGUGUCCACGCCGUGCUGGCCGGAGUCGCCACGUUGGCUAGUGAAGCAAGGCCGCCUCACCGAAGCCCGCGCCGUUCUCGCCGCGCUGGACGACACCGCGCCGGAUGACGCCCACGUGGACGCCGAGCUGCGCGCAAUCGAGGCGUCCCUCGCCGCGACGGGCACCGGCAACUUCCGGGACGUGUUCACGAACGGGCCCGCGCGGAUCGCGAACCGCGCGUUCGUUGCCGCGGCCGCGCAGUUCGCGCAGCAGAUGUGCGGGAUCAACGUGCUGGGGUACUACCAGACGACGAUAUUCAGGACGUACCUUGGGCUUGACGCGCAGACGGCGCGGAUAUUGUCCGCGACGGUGUUUACUUGGCAAACACUUUGCGCUCCCCUUGGCGCAUUCACGAUCGACCACGUGGGCCGACGGCCGCUGAUGAUGCUCGGCGCUGGCGGGAUGGGGUUGUGCAUGGCGCUCAUCGCGGGACUGACGGCGCGGCCCGCGGACACCGCCGCGGUGCACGCGGCCAUCGCGUUCGUGUACCUCUUUAGCACCGCCUUCGUGACGGGCUUCCUUGGGCUCGCGUUCCUCUACAGCGCGGAGAUCGCCCCGCUCGCGGCGCGCACGCGCGUGACGGCGCUCAGCACGACGGCCACGUGGCUGUUCAACUUUGUCGUCGUGGAGGCGACCCCGACGGGCGUGGCGAAGAUUGGCUGGCGCUACUUUCUGGUGUAUGCGGUGAUCAACUGGUGUGUGAUAUUGCCAAUGGUGUACUUUCUGUUCCCGGAGACGCAGGGCCUGCACCUCGAGAGCGUCGACACGAUCUUCCUCGAGAGCAGGAGCGUGCUCGACCCUGUGCGUGUCGCGAAGCGGCUCCGGGCAGAGGCGCGCGUGGAUAGGCGCGGGGCAAUGGUGCUUGGCCGCGCGGCGGAGGGCGAGAAGGACAGUGUUGAGCAUGAUGGACAUGCGAAGGAGGAGGAGGCGUAG